AUGUUUGCAUACUCAUCAAAGGAGAAGGAGACAUUAUCGCCAACUUUUGAUCAUGUACGUGUGGCUAUUCGCGAGUGUCAGACAAAGUACUCGGAUUUCACAUUUUCGCAAAUAAUAUUACAGGCCCAAAAGGAUAAGCUUACCGCUUUUCCUCCUAACGCACCUGCUGGUCUUAUGUAUGACUAUGAUUAUUAUUUUCCUCAAAAUAGUGGCCAAGAGGCCUUUGUCGACACUAUUGGUAUGGAGAUGGUGGAGUUAGUGAUGCGAGGUUUAAGUACAAACUGUGUCAUUAUGGGGAUGCCUGGUAGUGGAAAAAGUGAUGCACUUUUGGGAAAUUCCAAUGAAGGAGGUAUUAUUCAAGAGACCGUCAGGGAAUUAUUUAGUCGUUUGGUGAAACAGAGCACAACCCAUGAGUAUGAAGUAUUGAUGCUGUAUUGGGCAAUGCAUCGGGAUCGCAUGACCGAUUGCCUUGGCAGUGAGAACAUUGAGGAAAAUUCUCCAUGUACCUCUUGGGAAGGCACCAGCGACAUGCCUGGCACUUCAGCAAAUAUUUUUCGUGACAACUUCGGACGACUUUACGUCGCAAAUUUAAAAGCGAUCAGCGUAAAAUCUUACGCAGAUUUUGAAAUACUAUUCAAUGAAGCUAAGGAAAAACAUACGCAAGGUCCAGGCGCAAGCAUAGCUGACUGGCACAAUUUUAUUCAGCUUUCCAUAAACACCACCGAUAAAGCAUGUGGUGAGAGUUCUAUCCUUCGACAAAUGACCUUUGUACACACCAAAGGAGCGGGAUGUGUGGGCAAAAUGGGUCUUCGGGGGGUUCCACUUCAAAGAGCCAGCAACAUCAACGUGAGUCUAUUAUUACUCUAUGCUGGUGUCAUACAUUCCUUGGAGUAUCGACAGCGAAGAAUACAUCAAGCACGCACCCAAGAAGAUUUAUACAAGCUGAUUAUUCACAGUCAGCCUUUUUUUAUGGGCUGCCGCUUCUCACAAAUUAUGUCACAACUUGUUAGUGGUCACGAAGCUUCUUUUGUCGUCGGAUGUGUUAAUUUAUUAUCCUACGCUGACACCGUGGAGACCUUAGAGAAUCUACAGCUAUUUCGAAAACUUAAGUGUGCUUGUAUUCCUAUCAUCACGACCUCUCAAAAAGGACAUCUGGUUCGUAAUCUUAGAAAGUUGGAGGGUAGCAUGGGUGGAAUGGAGGUUGUAGAUCAUUUGAACUCUGCUAUGGCCUUCGGUCGUCCAUUGACUGAAAACGAAGAGGAAUUGCUUCGUCUUCGCAUCAAGCUUGACCACUGGGGUGAUGCUAACUUCCUUGAACAGAAUCAAGCAUACUUCAAGGAAAAAUACGAAGAUAAUCUGAAGCAGUCCAGCCGUAAGAGACUGAUGAAAACAGAUCCACUAGUCAGUUUUGCUACCCACGGAGACCGUAAAAAGAUGUAUCUGAACGCAAAGAAAACGGCUACAUAUGAAGGUCAGUGGGCGGAUGGUCUCUUUGAUGGCUUUGGUGAACACUUAUAUGCGAAUGUCAAGUACCGUGGUGAAUUUCGAAGGGGCGAGCGUGAAGGUGUGGGUACACUUUCCCUAAGCUUAUUAGAUAAGCAGUCCAACGUUAAGACCUAUAAAAAAGUGUAUGAGGGUGAGUGGCUCGCGGGCAAGCGCGAUGGCAUCGGGACGGAGUGGUGCAAAAAUGGUGAUGUUUACACAGGUGGGUUUUUAGAGGGCCUCCGUCAUGGAGAAGGAAAGCUCUACCUAGCCAAUGGUGACCGAAUAGAAGGUAGUUUUCAGAACGGCUUAGUAGAAGGCUGGGCAGUACUGUUUACUAUGAAAGGCGAUUGGUUUGAAGGUUAUUGGUCACAGGGUAUGCGUGAGGGGCCCGGUCUGUGGCACUAUGUUGAUCGACAGCAGCGUCUGUACGGGGAGUGGAGCAAAAACAUCUCUGUUCUUGGAACCAUCGAGGACGACCCAGACAAAAAGGCUAUUGGCGCGGAUGGAACUCUGAGACACUUUAUUCCCCCCCUUGGUAUUGAAUAUGAGCCCAUUUUAAAGAAGCAGCGAGAUUUACUUAACGAAUGUCGAACACGUGAGUUCAAAAGCAAGGGCCUUACGUGGAUUGACUAUGCAGUAGAAUCUUCCUUUAACAUUAAUAUGUAG